AUGAGUGAAGGUUCAGAGAGUGGUGAAGAUACAGCAUUACCAGAUAGAGUGUUUACACCUGAAAUAAUAUUAAAAGAGAUUGAAGAGUUUUAUAAUUUAGAGUUAUUGGAUGAUCAUAUUAUAGAUGAUGAAGAAAUAAUACCAUUUGAAUUACCUGAAGAAUAUAGAUCUUUAAUGGAAGAGAAAUCAUAUUUAGAUUAA